UGCGGAUAAUCACAGGACUAGGUAUUUUCUCUUCCUCCGUCAGAGAGAGAGAGAGAUGGUUUCUGGAGAGCGUGAGCAGCAGACGCGCCAUCUGACGAUCGGGAACAAUCUCGGCAGCCUCAUCGUACGGCCAUCAGAGAGCGAAGGAGGCGGUGGAGGAAGCGAUUACGAGCCCGGCGAGGUUCGGCGAGAAAAAAACAACCACAGCAACAUCAACCACAACCACAACAACCGCAAUGGCAACCUCAACAACAACUACAACAACCGCAAUAACAACCACAACGAUCGCCAACCUCUUUACUCUCGUUCACCUCGCCAUUCUCGUUCCCCUCCCUAUUCUCGCUCCCUUCGAUUCCCUGACAAAUUCCAAGACAAAUUCGAAGACAAAUUCCAAGGAUAUGGGAAUGGGAUGCGUGCAGGAUCUAUUUCGCCUCUGAGCCAGAGGAUGCGUGCAGGCUCUGUUUCACCUCUGCGCCAGAAGGUGCGUGCAGGUUCUGUUUCGCCAUUGCGCCAGAGGAAAGCAAAUCAUCGCUAUGGUUCUGAUUUCAAUCAUCCAGGUGGCCCACGUCAUGGUCCUGGAUAUACAGGUGGGAGGGGUCGUGGUAGAUUCCGUGAAUUUUCACCCCCUUGUGGGCGAGGCGGGGGUGAUAGAUCAUUUGGGAGAGAUUUUGAAUCCUUUGACGAGCCUGGACUCCAUCCUUCAUUCAAAGAUGAAUUCAUGGGUAGAAACAAUCCAAAUGUUUCUCCAAGAGAAGGAGACUGGAUUUGCUCAGAGCCCUCAUGUGGGAAUUUGAACUUUGCACGGCGAGCCUACUGCAACAACUGCAACAAGCUUCGGUUCGAGCCUCGAAGUGGUGGACCUGGUGGUAGCCCUCGAAGGAGCUAUCUGCGCCCACUGUCACCGCAUGGACCGUCACCACGCUUCCCUGCCCCACCCAGGGAACGUGGCCGAGGAAGGGGCGUGAAUGGUUAUGGAUCUCCUCACGGUUGGGGAAGAGGUGGUGCCAGAGAAUCUCCUCGUGGUUGGGGCAGAGACAGUCCCAGAGAAUUCAGAAUGGGCCCACCUCCUCUUCGGCAUGUGGAAAGAUUUCCAGAUCACCAUCUACCAAGGGAGAGGCCAGAUUAUCACAACGAAGAUGGGUACAAGGGACGAGGUAAGUUUGACAGGCCAAUGCUGCCUCAGUGGGGCCACCGAGGCCGCGGGAGGGGCAAGUUCUUCCAUGAGAGGAGAGGGUAUGCUGCAAAUGACUGGCGGACGCCUUCGCCACCAAUGCCAUUGUCUCCACCUCAACGGGGCCCAUGGGGACAUGACGGGAGGGAGAGGAGCCGGUCCCCAAUGAGAUGUGGGCUGAGGGAUUACCAUCGGGAUUCUUACAUGGGCAGAGGACGAGAUUAUCGACAGGGCAUGGGGCGAGGGAGGAGGAUCCACGGUGGGUACUGAGAAAGAAAUGGGUGAAUGGUGGUGCCUGCAAGAGCAAUGGAUGGUUGAGUGCCCAUGUGUUUGGCUGUGUAGAAUAUUUUUGUAGUGGAUCUCCGUCUUAUCUUUCUAUUCAAAUGAGUUCUUUGUUGCCUUUGCUUAAUAGAGAUGAAUCUUUUGGCAGAAUAUCUGUAGUAUACUUUAGCAGAUCAGUGUCUUUCGAGUGUUUAGGGGGAAACAAGAACAUGUACUAGAAAUAGAAUUCUACCUCUCCUCUUUUCUUUUCCUUUCUUUUUUCGUUUGGAAGAAUUUGCUUAUUUUGAUAAUUUGACGAGAAUAUUCAUCUUGGGCCCUUUAUAUGGAGUACUUUUUAGUUAUCUGUAA